AUGGGGGUAGCUUCGGACGGAAACCCGUUCGGCGUGCCGGGGGGUCUCUUCUGCUCCUUCCCGGUGCUGUGCAGGGGCGACGGGGAGUGGUCGUUCGCGGAAGAGUUCCUGCUCAAGGAGGAAGCGGGGCACCAGCUCAGCUUGUCGGUGAAGGAGUUGCAAGAAGAGAGGAGCAUGGUUGUGGAGGCACUGGGAGAGGACACGUCCGGGCCGUCACCCGGCUCUUCUAUUUCUCCUUCUCGUGGCGGUGCGGCGACCAAAGGCUGCUCCAACGGAGGAACCCCCAUCUCCAGCCUCUGA